CGCGGCGCGGUCCUAGCCUAACUACUCGAUUGAGGCACUACUAACAACUGGCCCGCGAGCGUGCGGCCAAGUCCAGCGCCAGAAUGAGGGAGCGACAGCGCCGCACUGAUCGCCAGGGACGGCGCGUGUCGCUAGGGCGCUGCUCAGCCACAACGAACCUCAAGGCCCGUGAGACAUGGCUGCAUGGCUGCCAUUCCUUCAGCUGGCGCAUAAAGCUAGCGGCGUCCGGUGCCUGCAAUUGGAUGAAUACAUCAUCGCUAGCUGUCGGCUCUAACCUCACUGUUCCGCUCUUUGCCCUGUCAUCACUGUCUUUUCCGCGUAUAUAUCCUUCUAGUCGCUCAUUCACUUCGCUUCCAUUUCUAUGUCUUUUUGGAAUACUGUGAUGGCUGCUCCGGGGGACGUGCCGUACGGCAAGCGCUUAAUACCGGUCCUUAUCGACGAAAUCGCGGCGAACGAUCCGGACCGAGUGUGCUUCUCCUUUCCACGCUCGGCCAACCUGCAAGAUGGAUUCCAAGACGUUACUUUUCGAACCUUCGCCAACGCCAUCAACAAGACGGCGCACUUCAUACAGAGGGAGAUUGGCCGGAGCUCCAUGUUCGAGACGGUCCUGUACAUGGGCUAUCCGGACGUGAGACACUUCGUUGCUCUGGUUGCGCUAAUCAAGACCGGACACAAGGUUCUCUUUAGCUCCCACCGGAAUAGCGUAGCCGGCCAUGCCGACCUGAUCAGACGGACCGACUGCGCGAUCCUCCUCCACACACAGGGGUUUCCCGUCGCCGGAAUCCUAGAAAAAUGCCGAAUGGAGACAUUAUGCAUGCCUGAGAUGGAUUACCUGCUCGACGGCUCCCUCUGCGAACAGUACCCAUACACCAAAUCUUUCGAAGAGGCGAAAAACCAUCCAUGCAUGAUCAUUCACACGUCGGGCUCCACCGGUCUCCCAAAGCCAGUGGUUUGGACAAACUGGACACUCACCUCAGGCGACUCGCAUCAUUUGGUGCCAACCCUUGACGGACGGCCGACUAUUUGGGGCGGGAUUUCUGAUUCUCCCAACCGAAGAUUCAGUGCGCUGCCGAUUUUCCACGGAGCCGGCAUCGCCACUGGCGUUAAGUCGACGUGCUUCAAUAACACCACUAUCGUCCUCGGUCCUCCGGGUCUAGCUACCGCCAACGUCUUCGAUCAAAUACUGGAACAUAGUAGUAUCGAUGCAGCUAAUUGUUUGCCAAUAACUCUGGAGGAGAUCGCUACCAGGCCAGACAUACUACAGAAGCUUGGGCGGCUAAAAUACAUUACAUAUGUUGGCGGUGAGAGCUCCUUAUCCAAGAAGGCUGGCGACAUAAUAUCACAGCACGUACCGCUAUACGCGAUCAUCGCAAGCACGGAAACGAGCACCAUCGUCCAGCAUGCGACCGACCCUGAGGACUGGCAAUAUUUCUGCCUCCACCCCGAAUACAACGGCAUCGAGAUGCGGCCUAGCGGCGAUCUGUACGAGCUCGUCUUCGUCAAGGACUCGAGAUAUGAAGAAUUUCAGGGUGUCUUCAAGGUCUUCCCACGGCUGAAGGAAUACUCUAUGUCAGAUCUCUACUCGAGGCAUCCCACGAAGCCGCACCAUUGGAAACAUGAAGGAAGAAAAGACGACAUGAUAGUCUUCAAAACGGGCUGGAACUUCAAUCCCACAAUACAUGAGCACCUCAUCACAUCGCAUCCGGCAGUCCGGUACUGCGUGUUGGUGGGCACGGGCAGGGACGUACCUGCAGCUAUUAUCGAGCUGCGAUCGGAAUACUAUACCAAAGAAGAAGCGGGGCAGCAGAAGGUGCUGGAGGCCAUCUGGCCAAAGGUUGAAGAAGCGAAUAGCUACGCGGAUACGACUGGUCAACUUCGGAGAGAUUACAUCAUUUUCGCGACGAAGGAGAAGCCCUUCGCCAUAGCAGGAAAGGGCACGGUGCAGAAGAAGGCGACCAUCACGCUGUACGAGACCGAGAUUGAGCAGCUCUACGCGUCGAUAGGGAAGAAGCAAGCUAGCGUGUGA